AAAUCAAACAAGCGUUCUCGCGAUUCCACAGAAAAAGAAUUAGAAAAUGAAGCGAUUAGUUUCCUUUCUUCACUGCUUCGCCAUUUUUCAAAUGACAAUGGCUGCAAGUCCUCUCGUUCAGGUAUGGCACACUUUUAAUGGUAAAAAAAGAAGUAUUUUUUGCAAGUCAAAGAACUUAUCUUUAAGUAUGGGGAAAAACAUUGAAUGAAGUAUUUUCUUGAAAAAGCGUUCUUACUUCGUAGGGAACCUUUACAUAAGUAUUUAAGCACCAUAAUUAUAGGAGGGCCUCACGUUUAUUAGUUCCGGUUAUUUCGUGCUAACCCUCAUAAAAUAAAAUCUUUACUUACUUACUUACUUACUUACUAUAGGAAGUGAAAGGUUUUGAUUAUUAUUCUUCCUACAUCAAUAUCGAUAUUUGAUUCCUCAAGGAAUAAGAGGCGUUUAGGUGAAACUGAACACUGAGCGCUAAGAAAAGACUGGAAAACUAAAUGGUGUUAGGAGCAAUGCCUAUCAAAAAGCUACGUUUGUUUUUUAAUCAGGGUCUUGAGACUAGUUCAAUAGUAUUUGUAAUUUGAAGCUGUAUCAAACGGUCCUUGUGCACGGUUUGUAACGUGUAUUUCAAGACUAGAUGGGUGCAUAAUCAGCCUGAGUUCAUGUCUCCGGCUUUACUAAUGGAGCUGUUAUUCAGAAUGAAACAACUUCGGCUCCUACCCCAACACUAUUUGCACAUGAGAGUGAAAAGACUCUCCUGCUUUAGACGGAGUAAAGGGUAAGAUAACCAUUUAAACAGCAUUUCACUGAGCUUGAAGAGUAACUAACGGUAAUUAUUCACCUACUGAUGUACUGACUUCUUUAUUUUCAACAGGACAAAGAAGGGAUCUUGGCACUUAAAGGUUUUAUACCUAUCAUAAAUACAAUAUCACUGUAAUUUGUCAUGUGUAGACAUUGCCGACCAACUUUUCCAAGAUACAGUCGCAACAACAUAUUUCUUCUUUCUUCCCCCUGUUAAAUCUAGAGCAAUAAAAUAUGUCCUAGUCACUAACUGUGCCAUCAGCUAAAAGCAUUUAGAUGAGCAAUUGCACCAAACCUUUGAAUCACAUGGUUUUCCACAAAUCUUAAAUGCGUCCUUACUAAGGUUCAACUUCUCGUUUUAACGACAGCAGAGGAUGAGGAAAGAUAUGCCUUGAUUUCAUGUAGCAAGAUUUAUGUAGACAGUACUUAAAAGAAAUGAUAGCUUCGAUUUCCGACCCGAGAAGGUAAGGUCUUUCUCUAUUUCCUGCUAGAUCAUGAUUACUUGUUAAAGGGCAAUCUCUUUCUUUUUUGAGUAGAAAGUGCUGAUUCCCCCAUAACAUCCCCCAACUCUAGAAGUAUUUUGGGAUUCGGUCUGAUGAUAUUGUGCGGAGUCAAUAGAAACCCCCUCGACUACAAUGGUUACGGAUGCUACUGCGGACUCGGCGGAGAGGGAACACCAGUUGAUGAUGUCGACGGGUAAGUGGUAAAAUGAAAAAAUCGAUUGCCUUAACACACAACGCAAUUUGCAAAUUAUGCCUCUUGUCGCUGCCUGGUCGAUCAUACGAUGCUGCAUUUGCGGGCUAAAACUCUAAGACAGGAUCAGAAGGAAGAGACCAUCAUGAUCAAAUUGAAGACAAAGUCAAAGUAAUCAAAUUAUUUCAAAGCGGGCCUGGGUAUCAAAAACUAUUUAGGCAACUGUUUGAAGCUUUGAUAACACCAGGGAAGCAAACUUUCCUUUGUAAGUAUUAUUUCCGAUUCUGUUUAAUGAGAAGGCAGCCUGCACCAGGUUUGCGACCGUGAACUCCGUUAAACAGGCAAGAAAUUUUCAAAGAUGUACGCUUAACUCAGUAACUGAAGUAAAACUUGCCAUAUUUCUUGAAUCUCGGCUACAUGGCUGACGUUUGCCUAUGAACCGGGACAGCUUGUCCUUGCUUUGAACAUUCGGUUCCUAAUAUCCUAUGGAAAAAAGAACUUUUAACUGUUUCGUUUCAAAGGAAAAGUCAGAAGUUCGAGAUUAUUUCCUCUAUUGUCAUUUCUGCUCUCACGACGUUAAUGUUUGAUGCAGCAGUUAUUCACAUGAGUCAAAGAGUUAACAGUCUUGCUUUGUCGCCAGGUGUUGCCAAAUACACGAUGCCUGCUAUAAUGCAGUGCAGGACUCGGGCAGUUGCCCGUUUGAUGUGGCAAUUUAUGUCAUGCCCUACAGUAGGAGAGGUUGUCUUGGAUGCGGUAAGAUGUUACGUUUUUAACUGUACAGCAAAAAGUUCAAUACAAGUUGGUAUGGUUGAAGAUAGCACCAUGUGCAGAAGUAAUUUAGAUUUUAAGACGACUUCCUCUUUAAACCAAACAGAGGCAAGCCUCAAGAUUAGUUUGUCCAGUUCAGGGGUGUACCUGGACAGAAGAUAACGUGUUGCUGGAAUAUUAGAACAUUAUUUAACCCUACGAAACACUUCAGUUCCUAUUAUCUUAAGCGCAGUUAAUAGGCUGGGCAAGGGUUUUAGCCCCGGUCGUACCUCGAAGAACCGACUAGGCUAAGAACACGAAAAGGGAACAAACUCCUUUCACCAAUGACUGGUAAUGAGUCGUCUUCAUUCUGCGUCAACUUAGCUAUUACCUUACUGCAGCUCAAAACCGGCCUCUCGAAAGCACGGUUUGCUAAGAUUUUUCUUUAGCAACCUGUGCUUAGCAAAACUAGUAAAGCAAAAUAAAUGGGUUGUAAUUGAUAGAUUCACAGCUAGAUGUACAAAACCUAAUCAAUCAAAUUGGUUUCGUGUCAUGCUAAAGUCACUAUUCUUGGGAAAAACAAGCGAAGAUAAUUCAAAACUUGAACUGUAAGUGGCGAAUCACCAGUUCACAAAAAUAUUACGGACACCGUCACUGCCCCCUUGAAAAUCAUUAUUUGUUCAUAUUGUUGUGUAAUAACAACAUAAAUCAGAUUUACUCGUACAUCGACUCGUGGUUUGAUGCGAAAAUUUGGUUGUCGAGGUGAAGGGAUAAGACAUUACUGAUCGUUGAACUAUGCUGCACUCUCUCAUCAGAGCCUGCUAGUUACUACUGGUUUUACGGCAAGUGUCGGAACGCUUUGUGUGAGUGUGACAGUGAGGCUGUCCAGUGUUUCAAGAGUGCUACGUUCAAUGAUGCUUACAAAGAUCAUCCACAAGAAAAAUGUUAAAAAUGCAAUGCCCGAGACAUUAAGUGAUUAUUCAAUGAAUUAAAAAAGAAAACCGCU